GGAUUUCGGUAUUACCGCAUUUCCGCUUCCCCUUAGCAAUGGCGACUGCUACUAAUGUUUAGAUGUUUCGGGUCUUGGUCUUCUGCUGCAUAUUUCUGUAAAGCUAUGCGGGACGUUUUGUUUCAGACAUGCUGUUUCUAAUGAAUAGAUAUUCGCGUACGAGUGAACUGCGUCAAUGGGACGAGCAUGCUGCUGAAAAUCAGAAACUAAUCUGCUGACACACCUAGUUACUGUUAUUAGUUAGCAAACCGUUAGCUAGCUUGCUAGCGUCCUCACGCACAGGUUUUGCUAGCCAGCCAAGCCAGUCGGGUUAGCUGGUGUGAAGCUUCACAGCACGGCAAUUCUGCGUAUAAUUUUAGGUCAGAUUUGCUGUCUACAUUUGAAAUCUUAAACUGUUAAACUGUCGAAGUGUACAUCAUCGUCUGCAGUUUUUUGGCAGACUGUCACUGCAGCUGUCAGAAAGCCGUCAGCGCAGGUGUCAGUCCCCAGCAGUGGAUCCGCUGUAAGAUAUGCCGGGAUUUGAAACGGACAAGGAGGAAUCUGACCGAUUGAUAGAGAAGGCAAAGCUAUGUCUACGGUCAGGACGGAAGGAGAAAGCUUUACAGAUGCUGUACGAAGCACAGAAGAUUUAUCCCAGCACCCGAGCCAGAGUCCUCAUUGAUGCCAUUGUGAAAAAUGGGAGCGCAGCAGCCCCUGAAACAGAGCGCACAUACACUCCUCCGCCCGGCUGGAGGAAUGAUGAAGAUGGCCCUGGCCAGCGGCAUCACCAGCAUCACAGUGCGGGAGAGGCACGUGCGAGUGAAGGGCCCAGUGAUGACAAAAAGAGCUAUACUGAAGAGCAGAGACAGGGAGUCCUUAGGAUAAAGAGAUGUAAGGAUUUCUAUGAGAUUUUGGGAGUGCCGAAAGAUGCCAAUGAUGAGGACUUGAAAAAGGCUUACCGAAAGCUUGCCCUGCGCUUUCACCCAGACAAGAACUUUGCUCCUGGGGCCACUGAUGCAUUUAAAGCUAUUGGUAAUGCCUAUGCAGUGCUGAGUAACCCAGAGAAGAGGCAGCAGUAUGAUCAGUAUGGGGAACAGAGUGCCACUGAACCAGCCGGUUACUCUUCAGCCCAGCCACGUCACACACACGGACACCAUCGUACCUUCCACAGGGACUUUGAAGCUGAUAUCUCCCCUGAGGAGCUCUUCAAUAUCUUCUUUGGGGGCAGGUUCCCAACAGGCAACAUCCAUGUGUACACCAACAGAGGAGCCUCUUAUGCCCAUGUAUACCAGCCACGCAGACGUCGUGCAUAUGAGAGACGAGAGGAAGAGGUAGAAGACAACCGCAGCCAGAACACAUUCACAGCUCUCCUCCAGCUUCUCCCUGUCCUGGUGCUUGUCCUCAUCUCUGUAGUAACCCAACUGAUGGCAACAAACCCUCCUUACAGCCUCUUCUACAAACCGUCCAUGGGUUUGGUGGUGAGCAGGGAGACCCAGCAUAUGGGGGUACCCUACUAUGUAGAUAAGAGCUUUGAGAAGGAGUACCGUGGGGCAGCUCUUGAUGAGCUAGAAAAGACCAUUGAGAGUGACUACAUAGACUAUCUACAGAGCAGCUGCUGGAAAGAAAAACAACAGAAGCUUUCUGCUUUGAGAGCAAAGGACCAUUGCAUUGGCUCACAAGAGUAUCAACCACAGGCAGUUGCAGUAGCAAGAGUCAGACCUGGCUAAUUUGGGACAGCUUUAUAGAGAUGAAAGGCUGAAGCAGAAGGCUGAGACCAUGAAGCUAGACCACUGCGAGAAGCUGCACCGCUUCUUGGGCCGUCAGAGGGAUGACUGAGAGUGGGCUUCUCUCCCAGCAUGGUCUCUUCCAGAAGAGUUCUUACUGUCACUGAUUAAUUUUGAAUUAAUCUGUGUAGGUCACUUUGUUGGAAGGUAGAGAUUAUGCAAGUAGAGAGGUGGUCUGAGAUGUGUUGAGAGCAUGGUGCCUUUUGCCCUGCUGCAUGGGGAAAAGGCCACUAGCAUGCUGAAUUACACUGGAGCUACUGGAGUGAUAAAUUCAGUCUUCUGCAACAGAGAGGCCUCCUUGCAGAGGGUGUGUUUGUGUGUGCGUUUGUGCCAGAGCUGGGUUUUAUUUCCUUACAUUAAGGAACUUAGGCUCCAGGCUUGCUGACAGGGUUGAUGCUAGAGAUCCUCCUGUUCACACUCCCACUUUAUUGGAUGCCUGCCUGAGUUUCAUUAGUACUAUUGUUUAUUUAACUGACUUCAAAUAAUACUGACUAAAAAAAUUAACUUAUUUAUUUUCUUUGUUUAUGUAAAGUAAGUUAUUUUUAGGUGUAUCUAAUGACACUGAAGAGCUUUCAGUUGGACACUAAGAUUAAUACAUUUCCCCCCCUCAUUGGCUAAAGCUGAACAGUUGCAAACGACAGGUCCGAAAAAACAUAAAUGCUUUAAAAAGCUCUUCCAGAAGUGUUUGUGUACAGACUUGAAUCUACUUUUACCUGUUUAAAUAAGUGAAAGUGAUCCUAGGGUCUAGCAUCACAAGGCGUUAGUUUAGUCUUGUUAAGAGUCUUGUAUUGUGGAGAGGGGAAAAUGUCUUUUGUCUGUGUUCUGAAAUCUUGCCAAAAGCCAUUACCUCAGUUGUAUUUUUUCAUAGAUUCAUUGAUACAUUUUACUCUUACCAAAUUCCACAAUUUUGUGUUGCAUGCAGCCCAGUGGGAGAUUCCCUUUGCUUUGUGUCAUACAGUGUUCAACACAGCAAAGUCAGGUUACAUUUAUUUUAGAGCUCUUGCUAAUAGGCUACGCACAAAGGAAUUACAUGUAACUUUUCAGUUGUAAAGCUGGUCAUAUAUUGUACCUCAGAUUAGUCGGCACUAGUGAAGAAGUUCUAAACGUGAUAGCCUUUUUAAUAUAGCUCACAUGGGGGCCUGAGAGCCAGGCUAAAGUCCUAAUUAGGAGCUAAAGGAUGUAAUGGAAAAAGCUUGGAAGGGUAGAGGCUAAUUUAGAUCAUUUGUGAGCUGUAGCCAUGUUGCCCAGUUGGUAAUCUACAGCCGAGUUAGUUGGUGCUGAAUAAGAUUUUGUGCUGGUUUAAUAAAACACUCAGUAUUG